CUGUCAUUUGUGGGAACAGACGGCUUCAACAGACAUCGUGAGACGCAUGCUGUGAUGGUUCACUGAUACCAACUAAGGAAAACAGACACACUAAUCUUCAUGAGGCAGAACAGGGAGUAGGGAUUCAAUUUACAGGAACAGGAUGUGGACCUUAUUUGUUCUUUGUAUCCUGGGGCUAGACGUCUGUCUGACUAAUGGAGAAGACAAUUCAACACAAAUGUAUUAUUUCAAUCUGACAGUCGAGGACAGUGCGAUCGCAAACGUAAGUGAGAAACUGACAACUUUUGUGAGUAGCACCAACCUGAAAGUGGAUCAACUUAAGAUGACAACAAUCUGUCAGAGCGUCUCGACCGGCACCGAGUGCAGCUGCCGGUCAGACUUCAUAUGGAGCGAUAGAGUUUGUCAGGAAUCUAGUGAGAAAUGCUGCGGCGACAAGAACUGCACCUUCACCAAAAAGCCUGCUCCCAUGUGUGUUUCAAAAGAAACAGUUGCUGUAAGUGGAUCCAUUACUUUAAAUGGACAGGAGCAUUACAAAUGUCUGGAAGAAAAAUACUCUGAGGAAUUUCAGCAGUGUAAUAACAAAAUAUUACGAGAGAUGAAAACAGUGUACAGCACUUUGGCAGGAUUUGACAUGUUAACAAUUACCAAAUACAGGGUCGGAAGCAUCAUCGUAGAUUUUGAAAUGACCUUUGCUUACCAGGUCAAACAACAACAGUUGAUUGAAAAGUCAAAAAACCUGAGCAGCACUCUGUCAGCAUCAGUUAGUUUGGAGACUACAGGUGUUGUCCAUUUAUGUAUGCUGCCCAAAAGCCCUGUGUGUUACUACCACAAGCCCAGCCUCACAUGCACAGCACAGGAGGACCUGAAAUCCCUGCCAGUGUGGCAGCUGACGACAGAGGGCGAAAUAUUUCGGAUAUUUAGUGGCACGGAGUCAGAGGUGACAAGAACAACAAUGGAGACCAGCGUCACACUAAAAAACAUAUCCAAGCUCUGGGAAGGAGAGUACAAAUGUAUCUAUCAUCAACAGUCAGACUUAAUCAGCAUAACUCACAAAGCCAGCGCUGUAAUGGACAUAUCGCUCCUGCCAAAAAUUUACAUGACCAUAGCACCGACAUUUCCGCACUGCACAAAAGGUUCUGAGUCACUGAAAAUAAGAGUGAGAUGUGAGACAGAGAGCGACAAUGAAAAAUAUAAUGUGACAUGGGAAGGCCAACACAUCAUUGCUUGUCCUUUUAAAUUAUCUGAUGAUGUUUAUGCAGCUGAUGUCACUGUUAGCUGUAACCAAUCCUUGAAUAGACCACAACUAACGUGCACUUUUAAGAACAGGUGCAAGGAAGAGAGAAAGGCUUCAGCUUUUAUCGAUGUCAUAUAUGAAAAUGACCCAUUCUGUAAAGCUGAUGGUGAUUGGGAAGACACCAAAGCUGGAUUCACUGCAGUGUUAAAAUGCACGAACGCGACUGGACAAAGAGAAAGGAAAUGCAACACUACGUUGGGCCCUACGUUGGACCCGACAUGGGAACCAGAGGUUUCAAUGUGUGUGAAACAGGCAGUGAACCGUGUGCUGCAAAAAGCAAAUAUUGUUAACAUUGGACUUGGCUCACUAGAUGAAAAUGCUGCAGUUGUAUUUUCCCUCCUUGAGAGUGUCACUAAUGACUCCGAGACUAUCAACACUGUCGCCGACAUGAAUGCAUCUGUUCAAGUACUCUACAGUUUGAGUCAAAGGAUAAACGGCAUAAAUAAUGACUCCACAGCGGAUGGCUUUCUGAACUCAUCCAGCAAUAUGCUGGAGAAGUCUCUUAACGAAUCAUGGACAGCAAAGGCGAACAAAGGCAAUAAUUCAUUGGCGGAGACAUAUCUGGAUUCCAUUGAGAACUUGAUUCAGAAGACCAACUUAACCCGUGCCCCUAAAAAAAAAAAUAUAGAGGUAGCCGCAUCCAAUUGCUCACAGGGGUCAAAAUGUCUCAGCACGGUAUUCAAUAACAGCGUUGAACUUGUUAGCUCGGACCCUGUCAGUGUAAAGACAGCUGGGUUUAAAGAACUGGGGAACUAUUUGCCUAACAAAGAUACAACAUUCGAGCCUAACAGCCUCAUUGUGUCAGUAACUACUGAAAGGAAUCAAUCAGAUUCAGUUAAGGUUACAAUCAACUUCUCAUUGAUCAAGCCGAGGCCUCACAACGUUAAGCUAAAGUGUGUCUCAUGGGACAACAUCACCAGCAGUUGGUCAUCAGAAGGAUGCGAAUGGCAGCUUGCUUCCAGUGAGAGUGUUUGCAUUUGCACACAUUUGUCCUCAUUUGCCAUUCUAAUGUCCAAAUAUCCAGUGAAAAUCAGAGGGCUCGAAGAGUUGACUUUAGUCGGACUGUCUGUAUCAGUCGUGUCACUCCUUCUCACCCUCGCGAUAGAACUGAUCGUCUGGAAUGCGAUAGUUAAGACAAGUACUUUAUAUAUACGCCAUACUGCCCAUGUAAACAUUUGUCUGUGUUUGCUCAUUGCGGAUUGCUGUUUUUUGGCAUCUUUUAAGCUAAGUGCUGCCAACAGAGAAAUGUGGUGUUGGAUCUUCGUGUUUUUGAAGCAUUUCUGUUACCUGUCCAUGUUCUUUUGGAUGUUGUGUCUGAGCAGCAUGCUUCUUCAUCAAGCAAUUUUCCUGUUCCAUAACAUGAGCAAGAAAAAAUACCUGAAGUUCUCAUUAGUCCUGGGCUAUGUGUGUCCUUUGCUGAUUGCUGUCAUCACGUUUCUUUCCUAUAAUAACGGUGCUGAAGGCUCGUACUACUCCAGUGAAUCCUGUUGGCUGUGUUACGCUGGACUUAUGAAAGGGUCCAUCCAUACAUUUGUGAUGCCAGUCGGUGCAAUCGUCUUCUUUAACAUGUUCUCCAUGGCGGUGGUCAUCAUUAAGCUUUUGGAUCACCCUAAGAAUAGAGAAAAAUGGGAUGAAAAUGAAAAAAAGGCUGCCAUAACUGUCAUGAGGUCAGUUAUUCUUCUGACUCCAAUCUUCGGUGUGACUUGGAUUUUUGGGUUUGCUGUAAUGCUUCUUGACCUCACAUCUGGAACCAUCGUCACCAUCGUUCACUGGACCUUUAGCCUGCUGAACUCAUUCCAGGGUUUGUUCAUUUUGUUAACCACAUGCCUGGCGGACAAACUGACCCGUGAUGCACUGCUGAAACAUCUAAAGAGAAAUGCGCCAGCAUCGACUACUGACAGCGUCACAACGUUAGACUCAACUUGGAGGAAUUGAGAAUCAUCUCAAAUAUGUGCACUCUUACAUCGAAACAAACUCAUUUAUAAAACCACAGAUAAUAGCUUUGCAGCUACAUUGUCUCUACCGAUGUGACUACUUUAUUGUUGUUUACUUUGAUUUAUUACCUGUGACACAAGUUAAAGUCCACUGUAGAUAUUCGUGAUUUAAAUAGGAAAUAUUUCCAACCUGUAUUCUUUGUUUUUUGCUUUAAAUUAAAUUACAUAUUAUUGCUCAUGUGGUUUGAGCAAUACUGUGUAUUAGAUGUUUUUAAUUAGUAUGGAAGCCCUUAAAAGCCACAGUAACAAUGUCAACUAAAAGGCUACAAGGAUGCCACUUUUGUACACACUUUGUGGACUAAAGGUGAGUUAAGCCUACGUCUGAAUGUUGCUCUUACGGAUCGCUUUAUCUUCAUUUUCCGUUCCUUGUUCUGCACACUCCUCAUCUGUGUCAUCCACUGAAAUCCCUUUCUGGGCUGCCAUUUUGCGGUAGGCCUGGCAUUCAAUUUCUGCUCUGCAACAUACAAAAACAGGGCAAUUUACUUAUUUAACUGUUAAAGCUAUUGUUAUUGGGUUGUAAUUUUGAAAGAAAAGCUUUGUUUUUAGAAGAAAGGUGCAAUUCAUUUAUGACACAUGUAAGAAAAUCAGGAAUGUAUGAUUUAGACUAGAGAAUUAAAUAACAAUUGGAAAACAUGGGCUUCAUCGUAUACUUAUUAAGGAACAGAACACAGUCAUGGUGUCCAUAUAUUUCGGCUAUCCGUGCUGGUUUGUCUCCACAGCAGUCCUCCUUGUCUAUAGGGGCAUGGAAGGAGUGCAGCAGCCGCAGCACAGCCAGCCGGCCGGACUCUGCAGCACUGUGGGCAGGAGUCCA